UCUUAUGAAUGCAACAAAUGUGGAAAGUCUUUCUACUAUAAGUCCCACCUCAGUGUGCACCAGAGAACACACACAGGAGAGAAACCAUAUGAAUGUAACACAUGUGGAAAGUCUUUUGUCAUCAAGUCAUUCCUCAAUGAUCAUCAGAGAAUUCACACAAAAGAGAGGCCUUACGAAUGUAACAAAUGUAGAAAGUCUUUCAGCAGGAAAUCAAGUCUUCUCAGGCAUCAGAGAAUUCACACAGGAGAAAAACCUUAUGAAUGUCACAAAUGUGGAAAGUCUUUUGUUUUCAAAUCAAACCUCAAUGAGCAUCAGACAACACACACAGGAGAGAAACCAUAUGAAUGUAACACAUGUGGAAAGUCUUUUGGCCAGAAAUCAAGUCUUAGCAAGCAUAAGAGAAUUCACACAGGAGAGAAACCUUAUGAAUGUAACAAAUGUGGAAAGUCUUUCCACUACAAGUCAUACCUCAAUGUUCAUCAGAGAACACACACAGGAGAGAAACCAUACGAAUGUAACACAUGUGGAAAAUCUUUUGUCACCAAGUCAUUCCUCAAUGAUCAUCAGAGAAUUCACACAGGAGAGAAACCUUAUGAAUGUAACAAAUGUGGAAAGUCUUUUGUUUUCAAGUCAAGCCUCAAUGAGCAUCGGACAAUACACACAGGGGAGAAACCAUAUCAAUGUAACACAUGUGGAAAGUCUUUCAGCUAUAUGGCAAGUCUCUGUAGGCAUCAGAGAAUUCACACAGGAGAAAAACCUUAUGAAUGUAACAAAUGUGGAAAGUCUUUUACCAACAAGUCAUACCUCAAUGCUCAUCAGAAGACACACACAGGAGAGAAACCAUAUGAAUGUAACACAUGUGGAAAGACUUUUGUCACCAAGUCAUCCCUCAAUGAUCAUCAGAGAAUUCACACAGGAGAGAAACCUUAUGAAUGUAACAAAUGUGGAAAGUCUUUUCACUACAAGUCAAGCCUCAAUAUUCAUCAAAGAACACACAAGAGAGAAACCAUAUGAAUGCAACACAAGUGGAAAAUCUUUCAGCAAUAUUUCAAGUCUCCACAGGCAUCUGAGAAUUCACACAGGAGACAAACGUGAAUAUAACAUGUGGAAAGUCUUUCACCAGCAAGUCAGAUCUUAGACAUCAGAGUUUACACUGGAGAGAAAUCAGUACCAUCAGAAAAAUGGAAAUGAAAAUUCUAGGAGCUUUGAACUUUGGUCUGGGUCAGCCUCUACCUCUCUACCUCCUUCAUAGAGCAUUGAAAAUUACAGAGGUUGACAAGCAUGCUUUGAAGCAGCGUACUUUGGCCAGAUACCUAAGGAACUGACUAUGAUAGAUUAUGGAAUGGUGCACAUUCCUCCUCAAAUUGCAGCAGGAGCUCUUCGAUUUGCACUGGAAAUUCUUGAUGGUGAAUGGACAUGACUUCUCUAGCAUUACCUGUCUUACAUUGGGAAUCUCUUCCUCUUAUGCAGCACCUGGCUAACAACAUAGUCAUGGACAGUUGGCGCUUCCAAAGCACAUGACUUUUGAGAAGAGUAUGCUACACAUAGACAUGCGAACAUCAGCAUCUACCACAGCUGGAUUCUAUAGUAGUGACAAAGGUCUCAAACUUGUCAACUUGUUUUGGUGUACUAUGAUAAUAACUGCAAAUAAAAUUGGCACCAUGUGCCACUUGUAUAUACUAUACUACAUUGACUGGGAUUUUAAUGGAGGUUGUGGCCAUUUUUACUUUUAAUAGCUUAACUUGUCUAAAUGUGGUUAUUUCCUACUCUAACUUGUAAGUCAUAAGUGCAUUCUAAAUCCAGUUUUCAUUUUAUGUAUUUUUGUUUAUUGGUUAGGGAAGUAAAUAGGAUGUUCAGAAC